AUGGUUAUAUUGAAUUCACAGACUGCAAAGAUCAACCAAGCAAACAUAGCUCUCAAAAGAGUGGUUGAAUCCAUUGCCAAUGAUUAUUUCGAAGAUGAUAAAACAAAAGUUUUAAUGGUACUGUGUGCAAGCCCAGACCCAGAGGAAAUACACAAGACAAUCUCUACCCUUGAAUAUGGUGCAAAAGCAAAAUGUACUGUCCGUGGUCCUCAUACGCUAAUCAAGGAUAAAAUUGGGACUGAAGAUUCAUCUGCUCUCAAAGAGAAAGAGCGAAAAGCACACAGGGAGUUACAGAAGACAGAAGAGGUUGCUGCACUGAGAGCUAAACUUGAGCUUAUGGAAGGGACGGGAUCUGGCAAAAAGGAGGAAGAAAUCAACUUGAAGGUGACUGACCGUGAGUUGGAAAAGAAGUUGGAGGAAUGGCAGCGUAUGGCAAAUGAUUUUGUUGAAUUGGAGAGGAGGAGAAUGGAAUAA